AUGGCCACAACCCUCACUAGAUGGUACAUCGACACCCGCCCCCUAACCCAAUCGACCUCCAACCUCCCCUUACUCUCAACCCUGCAGGAGCCCGACCAAACCUCGAUCCAGAAAUACCUCCGUCUAUCCGAUCGACACAUGUCCCUAGCCUCAAAUCUACUCAAAUACCUCUUUAUACAUAGAACAUGUCGAAUCCCCUGGAGCGAAGUGAGACCAUGUUUUGUUCCGUCUGUCGCGGAUGUACCGGCGGCGGAGUUUAAUGUUACGCAUCAAGCUUCGUUUGUUGCGUUGGCCGGGUGUCUUGUUCCAUCCACAAAAAGUGAUGGGAAGUUGCAGGGCCAAGAUGAGAUAGCCGUUGCUACUCAAGCAGUCUACUCCGAACCGGAACCAUCAUCUGCUCCAAUUCCAGCAAUACCCCAGGUAGGCAUAGACGUAACCUGCGUCGACGAACCGGGUCGUCGUCGUGACAAGGCUCCCAUGAGCCUAAAGGACGUCACGGAUUUCAUCGACAUUUUCAAAGAUGUGUUUUCUCAACGAGAAUUGGAGACUAUGAAGCAAGCUGCAUCGACAUCAUCGACAUCUUCACUUGCAGAAGUUAUAAAAUCAUCUUUGCGUCUGUUCUACGCAUAUUGGGCGCUGAAAGAGGCAUACAUCAAAAUGACCGGGGAAGCAUUACUUGCGCCUUGGUUACGAGAGCUUGAGUUUACGAAUGUUGUUGCUCCGGCACCUGUUGCUGAUGCUGAUGCAUGGGGUGAACCGUACAGGGGAGUCCAGACAUGGUUAUAUGGGAAGAAGGUGGAAGAUGUUAGAGUUGAAUUGGUUGCGUUUGAGUCUGAUUAUCUACUGGCGACGGCGGCUAGGGGUGCGAAUCUGGGUUCCUCGGGGUUGAGGGGUGGGGAUGAUGCUUGGAAAGAGGUUGUGAGUAUUGAUAUUGAGCGGGAUGUUAGGCCGUGUGCUAUGGGGGAAUGUCAGUGUUUGGAUGGGUAA